AUGGCUCAAUCACCACCCACUCACUACGUGUUGGUGAUAUUUCCCGGAUUCCAACUCCUCGACCUGGCCGGCCCUCUGGACAUCCUGAACCAGCUGUCCGAAACCAAGCAAAACUCCCACCUCACUCUGACCAUUGUCGCCGAAACACUUGAGCCCGUGCCCGCCAAACCCAUUCCACCAUCAUCUGCAGACUGGACAUUCGAUCUGCAAGAUGUCUCAGGAGGAGACACGGCAGGCCAAAAUCCAUUCAACACCACGUUCAACCAGUAUUUGCACCCAGACGCCACUUGCACAGACUACCUCCGGGCACUGGAAUCUGGCGGUAACAGCAGCAGCAGCAGCAACAGCACAGCAAAACCCGAUGUUCUGCUCAUCCCGGGUGGGAUGGGGUCACGCCUGACAAGGGUCCAUCGCGAUGGCAGUAGGACGUCGAACGUGCAGAGUCUUUACGACUUCCUGCCCAAAAUAGCUACCCAUCUCAGCACGGCAAUCAUCACCGUGUGUACUGGCUCCGACAUCCUUGCACGGGCAGGCCUGCUUGACGGCCGACGAGCCACGACCAACAUGGCCCGCUUUGACUUUGUUGCCCGCCGCAAUCCGUCAGUGUUGUGGCAGCACCGUGCGAGGUGGGUGCGGAGCCUGUCUUCAGAAGCCCCCAACCGUGCACCAAUUGAGAUCUGGAGCUCGGCGGGGAUCAGUGCUGGCAUGGAUGUGACGUUGGCUUUCGUUGCGCAGUUUCAUGGCGGCUUGCACGUGGCGAGAGGUUUGGCCAAGGCCUUGGAGUAUGAUUGGCGCGAAGUCGAAGAGGGAGGGAAAGAUCCCUUGUAUGAGAAGUACUAUUCUCUCUGA